AUGUCCUCCCGCAUCGCUGCGGACUCCACCCCCAAGUCGCUCCACUGCCUCGCCAUGCGCCUCCUCGAGGCCCGCCUCGCCAACCCCUCCGCAUUCGCCGACGACCCCGACCCGUCCCCCGAGUUCGAUGACCCCGCGUUGUACCAUUACGCCAUCUUCUCCGACAAUGUGCUCGCCGUCUCCGUCGUGGUGGCCUCUGCUGCGCGCGCCGCGGCCGACCCCUCGCGCCACGUCUUCCACGUGGUCACCGCGCCCAUGUACCUGCCUGCAUUCCGGGUCUGGUUCGCGCGGCGCCCGCCGCCGCUUGGCGUGCACGUCCAGCUCCUUGCUUACUCCGACUUUCCAUUCCUUAAUGCCACCAACUCGCCGGUGGUCAGGCAGAUCGACGCCGGCAACAGAGACGUCGAGUUGCUGGAUUACCUGAGGUUCUACCUCCCAGAUAUGUUCCCGUCGCUGCGGAGGGUGGUCCUUUUGGAGGACGAUGUGGUGGUGCAGAAGGAUUUGGCAGCGCUUUGGCAGGUCGACUUGGACGGGAAGGUGAAUGGCGCAGUGGAGACGUGCUUCGGGGGGUUUAGGAGGUACAGGAAGUAUCUCAACUUCACACAGCCCAUUGUGCUGGAUCGAUUCAAUCCCAGUGCCUGUGCAUGGGCAUAUGGGGUAAAUGUGUUCGAUCUUGAGACAUGGCGGCGGGAUGGUUGCACAGAAUUGUUCCAUCAGUAUAUGGAAAUGAAUGAGGAUGGCGAGCUGUGGGAUCCUACAUCCAUUCUAACAGCUGGGCUGAUGUCCUUUUAUGGCAAUACCAAGCCACUGGAUAAGUCAUGGCAUGUAAUGGGUCUUGGUUAUAAUCCAAGCAUCAGCCCUGAGGCAAUCCGUAGUGCUGCAGUGAUACACUUCGAUGGGAACAUGAAGCCCUGGCUUGAUGUUGCUUUGAACCAAUACAAGGCCCUGUGGACAAAGUAUGUGGACACUGAAGUGGAGUUCCUAACACUGUAA